AUGGAAGACAAGUACCGUCGGGCAGUAUCUCAGUUUGACGCCAGACUCCAGCAGCGACUACAGGAUGUGCUGUGCAGUAUGGAGUACCCUAUCCCAGAGGAAAGAGAGACAGAGUGGAGGGUGGCAUUUCGAACCGAUCUCUGGAAGGAGGACAUCGACGAAAUUCGACCCUUCCGGUGUGAGGAAAUACUGACCACUAACCAGCACCAAGCGGAACAGCUAGAGCUGUGGAUGCCGUUAUUGGGAAACUAG